AUGGUGUCUGGCGCAGUCAUCCGCAGGGGCCACCCCGUCACCUUCAUCUUUGUCGCUGUCAUCAGCUUCAUCGUGGCAGUCAUUGCCAGCACUCUGACCACCAACUACAACAACGAUGGGGGUCAGACUGCGCACCUGACUGGAAGUGUGAGGUACCUCACCUUUGUUGGCUGGUUCAACUUCCUCGCUGCGAUUGUCUUGACUGUGCUCUUCCUCACAGGCAAGGGCGGCAUCCUCACCUCAGUGGCUGGGCACGCUAUCCUCGUCUUCUGGAUGUUCCUUUUCCAGCUGGCCGGAGCUGGCACCAUCACAGAUGCCCUAGGCGGAGGGGUAAACUGCUCUAAUGCGGACCUGCUCAGGUACUGCGUCUCCCUCGAAGCUCUGAUGGCCUUUUCAUGGAUCUCAACGAUUGCGCUAUUCUUUGCGCUCAUCGUUAUCGGCAUUGUUGGCGCCGGUGCUAUCCGUGGUGGCAGGGGUACCAAGGAAACCCUUGGUGCCUAA